GUGUGAUAAUAAUGCGACCAGACUACCCUCCAACUCGAUAUCUGUUAAACAUGUUUAAAACAGACAACGUGGCUAAACUACGGAAACAAAUUAAAGAUCUGACCAGUCUACCUGACGGUGAUAUCAUCAUAGCUGAAGUCUUGGACUGUCACAUCUCACGCUUACUGGUAGGUAUUGUAGGGAGGGGAGAGGAGAGGGUUGCUGGGGGUAUCAUCAUAGCUGAAGUCUUGGACUGUCACAUCUCACGCUUACUGGAUGACAAUAUUUUGCUGCGAUAUGUGAACGACUCGACAAGAAAAAUCUACGCCUUUGAGAUGAUGACACCUGAGAAAUUACCAGAGUUACCUCCCACUACAGUUGCCAUGGAAACCACAGUAGUUUCAGCCAAUCAGGAUUCAGAUUAUUCCAUACCACCAAUCGCCAGCGAACCUGGAGAUAUUUUUAGUGCAAUGGGAACGUUUUCUCCCAACACAUUUGACCAAUCAAGGCACAGAUCUUUCAGCAGCAAAUCAGAAUCGAGUACUGAUU